GCGUACUUAGUUUAAAAUUAGCACCAUGCACGUCUACGUUUGUAGAAAGUUAAUUUGUCGAGUUAUUUGUAUUUAUUUGCCCAGCUGUAUUCUAGUGGAACUGUAGUUGAAGGACUUUGGUGAACACGGAAGGAAUAGAGCGCGAAACAACGUGUUUGACCCCUGAGGAUAAAUAACAAGACUAAAGUAUGAGAUCUUCAACCUGAAACAGAGAUGCUCUCUGUUAUUUUUAGAAGAAGCGCCUUUGCAGCCCACAAGGUGUUGCAUUGGGCUGGUCCUCCACAAAGAUGCUGGACAUCAGCCCUGACCAGAGCUACAACAGCACGGCCGUUCUCAGAAAGGAACAAUGGACAAGUGAAACCUCCUGCUGGCCUCGGGUUCGGGAGGUUUGAGCUCUUCCAGAGGACCCAGACUCAAGCAGCUCCUUUCUUGCGGAGGAACCAACACUUCCACUCUUCUGCUGCGAGGCUGAAGAAGCGAGCUCGGCCUGAACCUCCUCCCAGAGAGCUGGAUCUGCUACGCUAUGACAUGAAGGACUUGUGGAAAGGUCCCAAACCUGCCCUGUACCUGGGGUUUGCAGGGCUGAUCCCCUUCGUCACCCCUACUCUGUUCAUGGCUGUGACUGAGAGCUACUGUCCGGAGUUGGCCUAUGCUCAGUUAGCUUAUGGUGCCGCCAUUGUUUCCUUCCUGGGUGGAGUUCGCUGGGGAUUCGCUCUUCCUGAGAGCAGCCCAGCUAAACCUGACUGGAUAAACCUGGCCAACAGCGUGGUUCCCUCCCUGUUGGCCUGCGUGACCAUGCUGAUGAGCAACAACAUUGCUUCUGCGGUCACCAUGGUUAUCAUGGCUCUGGGAAUCGCACUGCAUUAUGAUCUGGCUCUGCUGCCCACGUACCCCAGCUGGUUCAAAGCCCUGCGCGCCGUCCUCACCACUGUGGCGUUUUUUUCUUUCCUUGGUACUCUGAUACUCAAGGAAAUGUAUCCAGAAAAGAAGAUAUUCAUGGAUUAAAUAGUAUUUAAAUAUUUGAAACUAUAAAGCCACCAUGUUUUUUAUUUGUGUGUGUAUUUCACACUUUAAGGUUUUUGUGUCGCCUUUGUAAAAUCAGAACAGAAUUAACAUCUAGUGUGCUUCAUUUCUCCUAAUCAGGGCGCAAUCAAAGCUGCCCAAAUAAGAAAUGUUCAGAUGCCUCACAUCAAAAGAACAGAACAAAAUAAACUAAAAUGUGGAACAAGA